AUAAAUAACCUGUCAUAACCGUUAUUAACCAAAAAAUAAUUUACCUACACACACAAAACUAACGGACACUGAAUCUAAUAUUACCUGGGAUUCUGUCAGUUGGACCAUCAGUACGUGUUAACAUCAUGCCUACAGUAUCACUUGUUUUCGGUUUGAUUUUAGGAAUAUUUGUAUAUAAAGGGAAUUGUCAAUGCGGAAACAGACUUCCAGUUACACUGAAAUCAUUCCAGCCAACUAUUAUAACGUCGCCAGGAUUUUACAAUGGUUCAUAUGAAGCGAACACUACAUGUUCGUGGAUUAUCAAAACUGUAGCAGACACACCAGCUGACAUGAAAAUACUUCUGCAGAUAGAUAUUUGGCAAAUGAAGUGCCCACGUGACUAUGUGCGAGUAUAUAUAGGUGAAAGUUCUUCUGGUUUAACAGUGUUUGACGAAUUUGAUUGCAAAACCGGCAUCAAUUCAACUAAACCUAUACUGGUUACUGGUGCGGUGUAUGUAGAGUUUAAGUCAGGCGACUUUGAAUUAGACCCAGGAAUUGGAUUCAUGAUGAAGUUUCUCCCAGCACACGAUUCAUCUGGCACCGGUUGUCAAAGAACACAGAAGUUGUUAGCUGAGGAAACCGAAAAAUAUAUAACCAGUCCAAGAUUUCCUGAUGAUUAUCCUUUGAAUAAUGAUUGUAGCUGGAAUAUAACAGUAAAUGGAACAAAUUCUGUACAGUUAACUGUGUAUUUGCUGGAUGUUGACCAAAAUGAUAAUUGUUCUUAUCACCGGUUACAUAUAACUACAAAUGAUUCCAGUACAGUAUUAUGUGAUCGUAGAGAAUGGGACAGAAAACAGAUUGUUGGUGAAUCUAUUAGCAUUACCUUUAAAACUGACUCGAAGAACAGGAGAGCUGGAUUUCUGAUUGGGUAUAAAUCCGUACUUGUAACAACCACCACUGCUGUUAUAACAGAUGCCACUACAUCACAAGUUACUAUCCCACCACAGUACUGGGAUUAUUGGUGGCCAGAAAACAAGCCGCUUACAGAUUAUUACUACUAUGACUACGGAUUCAACCCAAGCGUCGUAGUGGACCCAUUUCCUACAUUCCCUACAGCAGCCCCGCUUACAACAACGCCAAUGAUGCCACAGAUGCCAAAUACAGGAUUCUGGGAUAAUUGGAUUUCACCUUUAUUCUACUACUGGAUGUUUUGAAUAUGUUUCAUUCCCAAAGUCUACAUCAUUGAUGGAAGAAACAUCCAUUACUUUCUCAGCAAGAUUAAGCUCUUACACUAGCAAAUGAUUUCUACAAAAGUUCUGAAAGGAACGCUUUGUCCAUAAAACCAUUGUUUUAGAAGAGUAACUUGUUAUUGUUUUGUAAAAGUGAUAUAACAUAUAUACUAUAUCAAUUAAGUUAUUGUUUUAUAUGAUUAUCAUGAACUAUUGAAACGCUUGGUAUCGUAUAUAUGACAU